AUGGAUCCAGGAAGAAGAGCUAUGAUUAGCGGAAGAGCGUCUCCUAGAAAAGAUAUUACUGCCCCUCGCCACGAUCCAAAUGCUCGAAUAUCCAAACCAACGAGAGGCGGACUAGGAAACAGAGCUCCUGAUCUCCGGCAACAUAAAAAAACGGAAACACUGGAUGAUGAACAAACUAGGUUGUGGGUGUCGCAAGAAGACAGUUUUGUGUUGAAGCAGGCCAAAAAGAAGGCUGAGAUACGCGUGCGCGAAGGGAGAGCAAAGCCUAUCGACUGGCUUGCAGUCAUUCUACGUGUCAUAGACCCCGAUCGAGAUCUCUUGGAUGACGAUGAGGAAGAGGCCCAGGUGGAUGUGGUUGACCCCGAAGGAGUCUUUGAAGGACUUAAUGAUGCUCAGCUUGGAGAAUUGGACACCGAUAUUAGUUCAUACGUCGCCUUGGAAACCAACAAGAAGAACCAAGACUACUGGAGAACCAUGCAAAUCAUCUGCAAUGAACGCCGGCUGGCGCUAAAACCACAAGGUCGAGAAGGGCGCGCAGUCGGUUCAGUUGCUGCGGAUGUUGACAAGCUUCUGGGACCCAAGACCUACGAGCAACUUGAGGCGCUCGAGAAACAAAUUAGGACGAAAUUGAAAUCAAACGAGCCUAUUGAUGUUGAUUACUGGGAACAGCUCUUACGCAGCCUCCUUGUCUGGAAAGCAAAGGCCAAGCUCAAGAAAGUAUAUCAGUCUGUGCUCGACAGUCGACUGGAAACUCUACGCAAGCAACAAGAAGAAGACGCUGCUGAAGUUCGAGCGAAGAUGCAGCAGACUCUGGUCAAUGUUGUCUCGAAAGAACCUGUAGGACCGCAGUCAGAUGAGCUCAAUGUUUCAAAUCACGAGAGAGGACAACCACCCUUCGAGUACAACAAAAUUCACGAUCCGGAACCUCUUUUGAGACUCAACGCUGAAGACAAAUCGACAGAGAUCAUGGACGAGUCCACAUUUCUACAAAAGGUAGUUGCUGAUCGACGCAGAAUUGUAAAACUGGGUUACAUACCCGCUCGGCAUGAUAAUUCACACAAGUCCCUUCCUGGCUCCACCAGCAAAGCACCCACAACUACUGUCCAUGAGGCUGCCCCUCCAGGAACUCAGCGAUUCUCAAAUGUUGUACAAGAAGAUUUCUCGCGGGCCACCACGGCAUUGUAUGAGCGGGAAGUUGCUCGUGGGGUCAACGAGGAUGAGGAAAUUUUUACUGGGGAAGAGUCAGUUGACACAACCGCGAAACCCCAAUGGGCAGACAAAUAUAGACCCAGGAAGCCUCGAUACUUUAAUCGUGUUCAGAUGGGCUAUGAAUGGAACAAGUAUAACCAAACACAUUAUGAUCAUGACAACCCUCCUCCCAAAGUUGUUCAGGGUUACAAGUUCAACAUUUUCUAUCCAGAUCUAAUCGAUAAAGCUAAGGCACCAACGUUCAAAAUCAUCAGGGAACAUGGAAGACGGCGCGGCGAAUCAUUCGCUCCGGCGGGUGAGGAAGAUACGUGUCUGAUACGCUUCAUUGCUGGACCGCCAUAUGAAGAUAUCGCUUUCAGAAUUGUCGAUAAGGAAUGGGAUUAUAGUGCCAAAGGCGACCGGGGGUUUAAAAGCAGCUUUGAUAAGGUACGUACGACUUGUCUCUUUUUCUCAAUAUGGGUACAUGGUGUGCGCGCAGCGCCAAAAGCUCUACCGCCAAUUUGCCGCGCGUUCCAGUAUCCUAUGGCACCCCUAGUUCUUGCAGCUGAUUCUUCCACACAGGGCAUUCUACAACUCCAUUUUCAGUACAAAAAGGUACAGCUACAUGUUCUAUUCCAUCUUAUUGAUACAAUCUGA